UCCCCUGUUGAUAUGACGAUCGCCGCUGCUGGGUCACACCAUGCACAGGAGCCAGACACCCAGCACUCCAGAACACCAGAGGGAUCUUGCAGCCCAUGAAGGAGCUCCGUCCAUGUCCCACAAUGACACGCGCCCUCUUUUCAACUUCUCACAGCUUGGGCUCUCUGCUGGCCAUCCUAAACCAGCCCCAGCGCUCAAACAUUCAAAAAUCACUUACUUUGAAGUGGAAAUUCUCGAUGUGCAAAGCAAGAAGCAGAUCUGCAUCGUGGACAAGGUAUCUCCAUCAUCUACCCUUCUUGAUGUGAAACACAAAUUUCACAAAGCAUGCCCCCAGUGGUAUCCUUCCCGUGUUGGCCUGCAACUAGAGCGCAAUGGGCCCUAUUUGAAGGAUUCUAUUAACAUUCAAAGCCUUGCCGUUUCCUCCAUCAUUACUCUGUAUUUUACAGACCUGGGUCAGCAGGUCGGUUGGACCACGUUUUUUGUAACAGAAUACACCGGGCCUCUUCUAAUAUAUCUGCUCUUUUACAUUCGCCUCUCAACUAUUUACGAUCGAGUGGAAAGUAGGAAGAACUUCCGCCAUCCAGUGGUUCACUUGGCCUGCUUCUGCCAUUGUUUACACUAUAUCAGACAUCUUCUGGAGACAUUAUUUGUUCACAAGUUUUCGGGAGGGCACACUCCUCUGAAAAAUAUGAUAAAGGGCUGUGCCUUUUACUGGGGAUUCACGUCCUGGAUUGCAUACUACAUCAACCAUCCACGAUAUACACCACCAUCAUUCGGCCACAGACAAGUCUCUUUUGCUGCUCUUGCUUUUCUG